AUGGAGGUGGCCCUGUCUGGCCCACAGAUCCUCUCAGAGCCCCUCAGGAGGGGCACGCCGCUGCCCCUGAGCCAGCUGGUGGAGGAGAGUAGGAGCAGAGCCAGCAUUCCCAAUCACCUCCUGGAAUCAAAAAUCUAUGCCAAACUGAGAGGCAACAGCCAGAUCCAAGUGGAGCCCUCAGAGCUGCACUUCAGCGGGUUCGAGCUUGGGAAGGAUUAUGUAAAGAUCCUGAAACUAAUCAACAUCUCAUCUGAUGCCAUGAAUAUUCAUGUCAUUGCAACCCAAACCAAGUACUUCCAGACAUCUUACAGCAAGAAGCAUCGACUCAUCCCUGGCCUGGCCUACACCCUAAAGGUCAGAUUCUGUCCAGACGAGUGGCGCUACUUCUAUGACUACAUUCGUGUCCACUGCCAGGGGGAGGAGAACCUGUUAAUUCCAGUUCAUGCUUACCCUGUCAUCGAUGACCUGCACAUCCCAUCCCAUAUUGACCUACCAGCCUUACCACUUGGACAAAGUGUUUGCCACACUAUCCCUUUAAGAUGCAGCUGCCCCGUUGACUUUGAGUUUCAGCUGGUUGUUGUUCAGCCACAUGAAGCCUUCCACAUCCAUCCCCUCUCAGGUGUGAUUCCGACUGGUGGUGGAGCCCAGAUCACUGUGACCUUCAGCCCUCUGCGGUACGAGACCUCUCAGACCACUUUCCAGCUGGUCGUCUCUCAGUUCAACACGAAGCCUUACCUGUGCACCAUCAGUGGGAGCUCAGACCCUCAUUUAGCCCUCAGGCAGCUGGCUCGUAAACCUGAAGGACGUCGAAGUGCCGUGCCUCAGCGAAAUAAAAACACAUCCAGGUCAAAAAAGGAGGCUGAAAGACUAAAGACAGAGAAGGAUCAGGGGGAUGUUGAGCUUGGAUUUACACCCUCGCUGGAUGUCUGUACCCCUGCUGGGGUGGCAAAGAUGCUGAUCAAAGACAUCAAUAAACUCAGCUCCAAAGACGUGAGGCAAGCUUUGUCCUGCGGCUCUGCGACAGGCCUGCAAAGCCGGCAGAUGAAAGAAGCUCUGUUCAGAAAAAAGAUUCAAGGAGCUGUGAAGGAGGAGCAAGCCAACCACCUGAAAUGGCGAGUUCAUCCGGGUAUGGACCCGAUGUCAGAGCAGACCAGGAGGCAGAUUGUGGAGGAGAGAGAGGCGGCUCUGCAGGAAUACGCGGUCCCAGAGGGAGCCCCAUCCUUCCAGUUCUACGCCGAUAUUCAGUGGGAGCUGAGAAACACAGCCCUCAGACUGUUUCAGCAGGCAGCACGCAAGGUCGUGAUCCGAUGUCGUAUGAACCGGAGACUCUCCUCUUUGAAGGAGCUGGCAGGCGCUUUGAGAAGCUGCAAAUCACUGCACAAAGCCGAGGAGACACGGGAGCUAAAAAUCCCUCCAGACAAAGUGUUCCUGCCGUCGUCCCCCUUUUUCUCUAAUGAGGACGACCCUUUGGCUCUGGUCCCAGUCUCCGUGGAUCCCGUUGACGUGACGACAGAAGCUCGUGUGCCUUUCUUCAAGCUUCAGGUUCCCCAGCACUACGAGCUCGUGGGGUACCAGCCCGUCUCAGCUUGGGCUGCGUUCAGCUCCUAUAUCCCUCCCACUUUGGCUAGACCGCUUCGCUCAGGAGCUCCAGACAAGCCUUCUGGGGUCAAAGCAGAGGAGGAGCCUGUGGCAGCGGAGGACUGCGCCCCCCUGUCCUUCAUUAUUCCUGAAGAUCUGACCAGGCCCUUUCCAGCAAACCCACUUCGAAUCUUUAACCCAGCCCCGGGCCUCCAGGCCUUCAAACCUCCCCCGAAACUUUUGGAGAGUGACCUGGAGUUUCCCCUCUCCCCAUAUUCGAGGUGA